AUGAAGAAGAGGUGUUGCGACACGGGCGAGGAGUGCGCCAAGGCGCUCAAGGUGGUGGAGCGCCACAAGACGAAGAACAAGGGGCUGCCAUUCCCGGUGAGCAACGCCGUGUACAAGGCGCUCCACACACUCAAGGAGGGUCAGGUGGAAAACGAGGUCUACCAGCGGCAAACGGCCGAGUUUCGGCACUAUGGUCCCUGGACUCACGAUGAAUUUGCUUGCGACAAGGAGGCCUACGAGCUGUUUGUGGUGGCGAUGGAGGAGGAGGGGCGGCCGCUCGGCCUGUGGGUGAAGCGGAUGCUUGACGAGAAGGCGCUCUACACCGACGUCAACUACUUGGAGAAGCCGGGGUGGCAAGACUAUCCCUCCUCGCAUUUUUGCGACAAGGGGCGCGAGUGGGUGUUUGGCAGGAUUGGCAUCGCGGACGAGGAUGCUCAGGAGAGGAUGUUUCCUUCUCUACUCUCCUACGUCCGUGCGAAUCUAGAAUCGCGUUACACUCCUGGCACUGUGUUUGUGACGGGCAACCGCGAGUUCUACGAGAAAGUUUUGCUGGACGAGGAUCGCAUGGGGCUCCUGGUGGAGACGUUUCUGGAGCGGCACAGGAUCAUCUGCAAGCCGCGCGACCUCAUGCGCAGGGUGUGGUUUGUGAGCAAGGAUCAAAAGGCGAUCAACAACGUCACGGACGAGGUGUGCAUCCGUGUCCCGCGCUACGCCGAGACGAGCGUUGCCUUCCCCCGGAAGCCAGAUAUGUCCGACUUCCUGCCCAACGAGCUUGCGCUCGUCUCGGCUCUGUGAUAAAACCAUCGCGUUCUGUUGUUCUUCCUGUCUGGUCCGAAACACCAUUGUGAAUCGCUCCAUGAUCGAUCAUCAUCGUCGCCGCCCCCACUGCGGCAAUGCAUGCACCGGAAUCUGGCGCCCUUGGGCCGAUUUCGCUGUAGAACGCACUCGAAUCCGACACGGCUGGAUUUCACACGCUCCUGGGGCCCGAGAAGAACAAGAACGCACUGGAAUUGCCUACAUUUUCAAUCCGGCCCGGUAGAUCGCUGCCCAGAUGCAGAAGCAGACGAUUCAUUCUUCGAGCAUCUCAGAAUCGCUCAUGGCGCGAAGCUUUCCCUCGCUAACCUCUCUUCCUCAAACCCUUCUUGUAAUUGAACUAAUUUGAAUUUAACAAUCGUUAAUAGAGUUUUCUCGCGAA